AUGCGAGGACGAGGUCCACGUGGUGGCUUUGCGAGCUCUUGUGGUGGUGAUGGAUCGACUUCCACACUAAACCAACAUCAAAAGAUCGAUGUGGGACCAUCUGUCACACCUGAAAACACUCCUUUCGGUGGAGGGUCGCCGAGAACGCUAGAGGAGAUGAUACUUCAGCUAGAGGUUGAAGAAGAUAUUGUUCGAAGAGCUAGACUCCGUGAAUCUUACUACGGUACUUAUGAUCAUUGUGACGAUGAUGAUGAUACGUUAUACCAUCAGCCCGCUCGAAUGUCAUGCGUUAAUAGCUCCGAUAUUUUGAGGUCGGCGAGGAAUGCUUUGAAUCAAUACCCACGUUUCUCGCUGGACGGUAAGGAUGCGAUGUAUCGGUCAUCAUUCCGGUGCCAGCUUGGCGCUGGUGCUGGCAUGGCAAGACAGGGUGGGCAGAGAGCGCACUGCGGUGAGGAACAGAGAACGAGGAGAACAGACCAGAUGAGCUUGCAGUUAAAGCGCCUGCCUCGGACAGUGGCUGGAGAGAGUGUGGUGUGGUGUGAAACUGGGGUGGUUGCGAAGCUGAUGGGUCUGGAGAUGGUACCAGUUCCGGUCAAGGGCAAAAAGGGAAAAGAUAAGUUAGGGACUCUGCUCAAGAGGGAGCGUCUAAGGAGGAGAGAUCGGACUCUGGACAUUAACGGCCGGAAUGGUCAGACGACUGAAGCUUCUUGCUCGUCUGGAGGAUUUAACGCAAUGAGACCAACCAGAGCAGUUGGGUCGCCUAGUCGCGUGGGUGGAUGGCCAACACUCCGUUUCCCGUAG